UUUUCCUUAUCUUUGAUUAGAUGAUCAAAGAUUAAUUGUUAUCCUAUUUUUUUAAUUGUUUCCUUUCAUCUUUGAUUAAUUUUUGUUCUCUAAUUAGUUCAAUUAUUGUUCUACCAACGUGGUUACGUGAUUAUUCAGAAAAAAAUUGUCGUUUGCUUUCUAGUGAAGAACUGAAAUAAACUACUCAAUGGAAGGAUUUCAAGAUAAAGGUUCAGUUUUGGCCUAUGGAUUCGCCUUUGUUUCAUUGGCCUAUGCUGCUUACACUAAAUGGCAAGUGUGUUCAUUGGGCUCAAAGAUAAAUCAUUCUAUUCAAAAGGAUAACGCUAAAGUUGUACAUUCAUUUGACAUUGAAGAUUUGGGAAAAAAUGAAGUUUUCUGCCGAUGUUGGAAAUCAAAGAAAUUCCCUUAUUGUGAUGGAGCUCAUAAUGCUCACAACGCCAAAUGUGGUGACAAUAUUGGUCCACUAAUCAUCACCCGAAAAACAGCCUAAAUUUAAACAUUAGCAUCUUUUUUUUAUCCACAAUCACUAGAAUUAUGCAUUAGGACAUCCUAUUGGUAAAACUAUGGAAAAAUAAUCAGAAAAAAUUACUUCAACUAUCUGAAGUUAUCUACAAAUGCAACACCCAAACUUAUCUUACUAAACAAAUAUUUAAUUGUUGUUACAGUGCAACUCUAAUAUUCAUUAGAUUGAUGGAUUAAUUGUUUCUUCCUUUAUACAAUUAGAUUGAUUAAAGGAUUCAUAAUUCACGCUAA